AUGAGGCAGCGAUUUAACUUGGGCUGGGAAGACAAAAUUCCAACAGAAGGAAUAUUACUCGAGUAUCAUAAUUUAAAACAAGAAAAAGUGGCUUUGAAUGAAAAACUGCUCGCUUUUGAAAAUCAAUUAGUUGCAAUAGAAAUCGAUAAUAGAGAAAAAGCCACACUCAUUUCUAAACAAACAAGGAUGCUUAAAAAACUUGGAUUUAGAUUAAAUGUUCAAAUAUUGGUUGAAGAAAAUGAAGGAUUACGUAGGGGGCUUGAAGAAAUUUUAAACUUUUUAAAAGAUUCCAGCUCCUCGGGGCUAUUGUCUUUUGAGUGCCCUAGCUUAGAAGCAGUCUUACACGCCUUAGAAGCUAGACAUGCAGCUGGUUGGUUUGCGCCGCAUUUAGCGACCACUAUGCAACUGAAAGCAGCUAUGGGCGCUAAUGACGUCAAAGACAUUGUUAAUAAAAUUGACAAUACAGUUUCCCAAACACAACUGCAAGAGAUUAGUCUAGAAUUAGAAUCCAAAAACUUAGAAAUAGAUACACUUACCAAGAAAAACAUGGAGCUACAAGAAAUGCAGAUUAAACUGAUCGACUCUACGAUUGCAUCCGAGACAAAGGAUGAAAUAAACAUGAUGAAACAACGUAUUACUCAACUAUGUAAAGAAAAUUUUGCUCUGAAAGAACAAUGUAAAAACGUCCAAAGUCAAGUGGAUGUAGUAAUUUCACAGAGAAAAGAUAACGAACAUAGACAUUUAUGCUAUGAAACAGAAAUAAACAUGUUGAGACAUCAAGUUCUAGACUUGCAAUCGAGCGGUGAAAACAAAGCAAUCAUUGCCAGAAAAUCCAGAGCGAUCAACAGCUCUAAUACAGAAAUUAUCAAAGAGAGUAUCUCUAAGUAUACUUUAAAAAAUGCAGAAUUAGAAGACAAGUGUUUCAAAUUGCAGAACAGUUUGGAUGAUUACAAAUCAGAAGCUAUCAAUUGUCAACGUGAAUUACAACGCUGGAAAGAUCUUGCUUUAGAAAGACUGGAAAAAAUGGAGCAAAUGAGUGUGCAAUUAAAGGAACGGCAUAACAACGAAGUGGAAUCCUACAAAGCAGAAAAUCAACAUUGGCUUUUACAGCUGAACGAAACUCAGCGUGAACACAUGGAAUUGCGUUCGCGAUUAACGGAGCAGAAAGCUUUACACGUUAAACAGCUGUCGGACAAAGAUAAUCAAAUAGAACAGCUCCGAUCUGUUAUACACAGUCUUAAAACGCAAAUAAUGAACAUGCAAACGAUGCUGUCCGUGAACGAUCCCAGCUUUGAUCUUUCUGCUAUCGUUGAAGUGGAAGAAGCAAGUGACGUCUCACAACAAGGCUCUGAUAAGCUAGAGUUGAAGUUUGAUUCUACCGUCGAUUUGCAUGAAAUUCACGAUGACUUUGCGAGAAUGGCUACCUCUACUACAAUUUGGCAAGAACCCGUGCUAGAACGUCUACGCCGAGAAAAACAAUUACUCAGCAAGCAAAAUGGAAUAUUACGUAGACAAAUAAAGGCAGUAGCAGCCAGGGAACGAAGGGCGCGGCUUGACGCUCAGAAUCUUAAGAACCAAGUGUUUAGAAUAAGCACAUCAGGAAGCAAGACAGCGAGUGUCGAGCGAGACACACACUCUUCUGUGGCCCUGUGGGACAAAUGGAAGAGGGCGCAACAGGCUUCAGAACGGUGGCAAGCCCGAUAUGAGGAGAAGUGCCAAGAGGUUAAUAAACUGGAUGCCAGUUUACACCUAGCAAAAUCUGCUGUGACCAGGUUGGAGAAAGAAAAACGUUUGUUACUUUCAAGGCUAGCCGAUGCUAAAAAUGAAAGACAACUGGUGUUGGAGAAACAAGACGGGGAAAUGUCUGAGAAGCGCUCAAUAUCUCAUAGCGAUGCAAGCGACAUGCAUACAGUACCGGUAUCAACGCGGGCCUUGCUUGAGCGUAUAGAGGCUCAACAGAGACGCAUCGCCGCCCUUGAGUUCGCUGAAAAUGGAAACGAGCCGCUAGUUUCAGAGUACGAAAGAGCCCUGGCGGAGAUCACGUCGCUCAAAGGUCAAGUGCUGAAAUUAGAGUCGGCUUUAUUAGAAACGCAAAUUCGGUCACCCCUCAAGAAUACGCAUGAAAACCAGCCUGAACUCGAAUAUUGGAAGAGUUACUGCGAUAUGCUGAAAGAAGAGAACACUCAGCUUACAAUGCGCGUGACCUCCCUAGAGUGUGCGCCGACGACCGCGCACCAGCACAGGGUCAACGACCUCGAGCAGACCGUACUGACGCUAAGAGGACUGGUUAGCAAAUUGCAAGCUGAACAGAAGUCAUCGGCGACGAGUUCGCAAAAACGAGCCGAUUCAAGGCCAAGUAGCGGACGCACUGUUCCAGAAAAGACACGAAGUCAGUUGGAGUCAUGCAAAACCGAAAUAUCAAACUUGAAACGAAGUAUACAGGAGAAAGACACACUUCUUGAAAAAUCUAAAGAUAUGCUGAGAAUUGCAGCGGAGCGUGAAGAUGAAUUAUUGAAUGAGAACGCAUUCUUAAGGCGACAGUUGGAAGAGUUGACAAAUCACAAAAGGGGUUCUCUAUCAGCU